GCCGCGGUGCUUGCAGAAUCACUUGACAUUCCUUCCUCUCGAAUUCUGGACUCGUUCUGAAUCUGCGUCUCAACUCACUGAGUCGAUCAAUCAAUGGCAUUACCGAGUCCUCAGUUGCAGAGAUUCCUCGCAACCGGGAUUAAUUCCGGCUGCAACAAUGCCAAAAGCCCCCAACCGAAGCCACUUCCUCACUUCUGCCACAGCCAAAACUCACUGCCGAUGCUCCGCGAUUGCAUUCGACGCGCCGUCUUACUUCUCGGACGUUUCCGGGAUUCGCUGGGGGUCCACGUCCUUGCAAGGCCCGCGCGAGGAGAUGGAGGACGAUUUUGGUGAUCCGAUCGGACGGUCUCGAUGGAUUCUCCUUCGCAGCUGUUUUUGCGGUCAUGCCGGCUUCUCUUCCGUCAAGUUCCUUAGGCUUGGUUUAAAUGAGGAAAUUCCUUUUGCUAAUUAUUUCCUUUCGUUAUUUGUUUUCACGAAUUGUACGAGUUCUUGCUUUGAAUAAAACAGAAGGAAAUCAUAUGAAGUUCUGUAACGCGUAGGCAUGAACUGUAUAGGGAGUGUGUCGUGGCUUUAGACGGAGGUUCGCUCUUGAAAGGAGAUGAUUGGAGCAUCAUUAGGAUAGCAUUGAAGGAGGCAUUUGAAAAUGCUGAUAGCAAAUUGUUGAAUUGGUUUAGAUGGUUUUUCAUUUUGUAAAGGCUUGGAACUUCUGAAGAAGAAGAAGAAUCUGGUUCAACUGCCACUGUUGUGUUCAUUGGAAAUAAUUUGCUGUAUGUUUCACAUGUCUGUGACUAGUCUUUGGUUUUAUCUAGAUCUGGAAAAGCAGAAGCAUUAACUGAGUCUCAUAGACCAUAUGGAAGCAAUAAGGGUUCUCUUCAAGAAAUCAGAAGAAUAAGAGAAGCAAGUGGAUGAGUGUGUUUUCAUGUUCUUGAUUUUGCUUUUGACAUGCAUUUUUCUUCUCUAUUCUACUUCCUAUUUUCUUUGAUAAGAAAGGGAAAUGAGAAAAGGGGAUUAGAGGGUUACCACCAGAAAGUGCCAUGAGAGUAGAAACUUGAACUAAACAAGGUAAGCUGGAAUUUAGAACCUCUGCAUAUCCCCAUUGUGCCCUUUGCUUCAGAAUACACUAUCAAACAAUCUCACUGAGCUUUUAGUGACAUACCUUAUUCAUGUAUAAUUGGCACUCCAAUUACACCUUUUUUUUUUCUUUUUAAUUGCUUUGAUAUUUUUUUGGCCUGAGUAUGCCUUUGAUAUUGAAUCAGAAUAAUUAUCAUUGAUACAUUAAUUUUAGUGUCUUUGGUGAUAUUCUAAUAUGAGUCCUCAUACUCCUAAAAUUUAUCAAGACUUCAUUAGACAUUAGAUUUAGUGCCUUGUGGAAGUUUAAUUAUUCAACUUACCAUACAUGGCAGCUGAUAACAUUUACAUGUGAUGACAAUAGGUUUGGUGACAUGCAGUUCAAAACAAAGAAGAAUGAGUUUAGUUCUUUUCCUUAUUACUUUCUUUUUUUAACACAUAAUGAGAGUUUAUAUGUGCUAUACAUAUCUUAUAUUAUCAUAUCAUAUGAGUUGAUAUGUUUUACAUGCAGGAUGUUAAAUAAGGGAGUUGAGGAAGGAAGAUGAAUACAGUUCAAUAAGGACUUUGUCAUUGCAUCUCCAGAUGUUUUCAAAGUAACUCUUGGGUCAGAUGUAGAAUUUUUGCUAUUGGCAUCUGAUGGUUUAUGGGAUUACAUGAACGGGUUUGGGCUAUCAUUUUGACUCUUAUUGUGAUAUAAAUAGAAUUUUUCCCACUUAGAAGAAUAUCAAAUUCAAAUGAUUAGCUUUUCCUUUACAGCUCAGAAGUAGUUACUUUUGUUAGUAAUCAGCUUCGACAACAUGGAGAUGUUCAGCUAACAUGUGAAGCCCUUGGGCAAGCUGCUUUGGAAUGGCGUUCACAAGAUAAUAUUAGUAUUGUGAUUGCCGAUUUAGGAACAAUGUAGAAAAUGUGCUGGGUGCCUGACAAUAAACCUUUCUUGCCGCUGGACAUAACCUCUUCACUGAAUAAUUCGAUGCAAGAUGGAGAAGAAGAAAGAAUGACACAUUCUUAUUAGACCAGUCUUGUCACCUCCACCUUUAAUUGGGAAUUCGGGAAAAGAGAAAAGAAAAGCACCUUGACAUCCAUAGCUAACUGGUCCUGCAUGUCCCUCUGAUUCAUCCCGUCUCUCUUCUCCUGAUUGUGUUAAUCAUUAUGCUCCUUCUUAUUUAUUAAGUUGUAAGAUCAUUCUUACCAUACUGUUCUGUCUUGGUUUUAAUUUCCACAGGCGAACAAACUGGAAGAAUUUGCCCAUUAAGCAACAAAAUUUUGUUUAUAAAUUGGGACAGGCUUU